UUUGAAGGCCAAUACCUUCAAAAACACGUAACGUUCGAGAAAUAGGAGUAUUUCUUAAUAUAACUGUUUCGUGAUAUAGCUCAUAGAUCUGAAGAGAUUGGCCAUUUUAUAUCUCUUUACUCUCUUCGGCGAUUAUUGUCUUAUUGAUAACCAUUUCCCUCGAGUUAUUCAUUAAGGAAUUUACAUGUAAUUCAUGCAUCGCAUCAAUCGGACAUCCAUUCUAUGACAUCCACAACUACAUUUCAAUACCAGCCCUUGCCGGCAAGAUCAAUCCGAAUAAUUAAGCUGUUACCAGCGCGUUGUCCUGAAGAUCCAUUAAGAUGUACCAUUGAAGCUGUCUGCCUUGACUACGCAAAAGCGCGACCAUAUGAGGCCCUCUCAUACGUAUGGGGCGAACCGGCUCGACAGUGGCCCCUAGACUGCGGGGGUGCAAAGCUCCUAGUUACUAAGAACUGCCAUGAAGCGAUGGUGAAUUUACGGCAUAAGUUUAUGUCAAGAGUGCUGUGGAUCGACGCCAUUUGCAUCAACCAAAGCAAUGACGAUGAGGCGAUCGAGGAGCGAAAUGGCCAAGUUAAAAUGAUAGGAGAAGUGUACCUCAGAGCGAAACUGGUCUUGAUCUGGUUCGGGCGGGGAGACGCGUCAACCGCAGUUCUCUUUCGCUACCUCCCGCUUUUCAACAUCUUAGACAGGAUACAGGAUGGGUAUCCAGUGCUUGAAAACGCUUUUUAUACGUUAAUUGCUCAACACUUUGAUAUAACUUACGGGUUUCUGGUUAAACACAAGCGUUCACAGUUGCUAGAGUCCAUGACCGCUAUCCUCGAGAAUCCAUGGUUUGAAAGGGUCUGGACGAUACAAGAGGUUGCGUUCGGAAGGAAGUGCGUUAUUAUAUGCGGCAAGUCUAGUAUAAAUUGGGAGUCAUUCUGCGGAGCCUACCUGGCUAAACCCAAACUACGAGGGGCGAGCCGUCCAUCUAGGGACCUAAUCCUUCCUCGCUGGAGACUGUACUUGUCACUGCGCGGUUCGAGUCUCAAAGCUAUCCCGCAGACCCGCUUCGAAGGAGACGGUCAAGUAAGAUUCGAACUUGAACUCCUGUCCGAGAUCCGGAACAUGAAAGCAACCAUUGCGCACGACAAAGUAUAUUCUCUAUAUUCGGUACUCCAGGCCAUGGGAAUCGACUUACCGAGCCCUGACUACGGGAAGGAUGUAGUAAAGGUUUUUGAAGAAGCAACGCUGGCUUAUAUCAGAAGCCGUCAAAAUCUCAAUGUUAUCGCAAUUACACUACCUCCAGACCCAAGCUCCGGAUCUCCUUCUUGGGUCCCCGAUUGGUUGACCCCGGGACGCAAUGGCUCGGCGUUGAUUUGGAAAAUAAGGGACUUCGAUACACAAUAUCAUUCCACUACUCCCAUACUCACGGAUAAUACCCGGGAUGGCAAGUUAGGCGUAAUGGGGAAGGCUAUUGGGAAAAUAAAUAGGAGGAUCCGUUGUCCCCUUAUUUUGUACCAGGCACUCAGUCAAAGCCAGGCAUAUCAAGAGGUUAUUUCGGCUUGCCUCGACUGGCACCUUUCACUCAGUAGUCUUACUAGAUAUUCACCGGGAAAAGACCCUAAGCUCGUCGGGCAGGCGCUACUUCGCCCUUAUCACGCCAACGUCCCCAACAGCAAACUAGGCGCUUUAUACCGCUGGGUUUUGCAUGAUGAUGGCACAUCGCCUCCAGAGGAUAAAACUACUCUCGAGGCUAUCGUGGAGAAGCGCAAGCUUCGAGAAACUUGGGUAAUAUUCACCCUUGACACAGGCUACUGCGGUACAGCACACCAUAAUUGCCAAGCUGGUGAUGAUAUAGUUCUUCUCAAAUCGCUCAAUCCACUCGUCCUUCGACCCCAGUCGAAGUCUCACGAGUUCAGAAUUGUAGCACCCGCUUAUUGUGAAGGAGCAAUGAAUGGUUAUAUGACUCCGCACAAUGAUGAGCUAGAAGAGAUUAUACUUGUCUAAUGUUGUUAUGGGAUAUUUAGUUUGGCAUGUAGUCGAGAUAUAGGAAAUCGUGGAAAUAUUUUGAUGAAAAGAAGUUUCGAGCGGGCUGGUGUGUACCAAUAGGGGCCGUUACAUACCCUAUCGCUAGAAAUUUGAAAGACUAGGUACUUUUGCCAUUAAAUGUGCUGCUCACGAUCGAUGACCAAAAUGAACAAAC